UCGGAGCCCACUGGGCUGCGUACUGUCCACUGGGGCUACGCACUCUCCAACCUCUCUUGAUCGAGUACAAAAAACUACUCCUAGCCGCUGCUUUCCUAUAUUGCAGUAUCGUACCUCCAAUCAUUUACAUACAAUUGCCAUAAACCCUAGAUCUUGUUAGCCCUCCAACCUCUGGAGCUUCUGUCUCUCUGCAGCAGAAGCUGCAUAUCUUUUUCGUCCUCUCUAUUGCCGAAGUAUUCUUCUCCUACUAUGAGAUGCUAAUCAAUAAGUAAAAGCUCUUUUAAUCCUGAUUGAUUCCGAUUUUCGAUUGAAUUGGGCUUCUGAUAGGUUGGUCGGUUGCGAUCUUUAAUCAAUCGAUACAAUGGCGGCCGGGCAGGUCGUCAUGAAUGCUAAAUACAAGAAGACCUCGCCCAAAGAACCAGGGAUUCCAGGAAUACUCAGAAUGACUGAGGACAAGUUUGUAUUCACUCCUAAUGAACCCAUGUCAUCUGGAAAGCUCAGUGUCAGUUUUGGAUCCAUUAAAGGUGCGACUUGCCCUCUGAAGUAAAGCUGCUUUUUGAACUGCAUGCCUUAGGGCAGCUUACAAAAAGAGGGAGUUUAAUGUGGAAGUGCAUGAGAGCAGCUAGUUUGUGGACAAUUUGGGAAGAAAGAAAUGGUAGAAUUUUCCAAGAAAAGGAAAGAAGCCUUGCUGAGGUCAAGGAGUGUAUCAUGACAAGGACAAUAUCUUGGCUGAAAACUUCAGAUCUGUUUGUGAACUAUUCCAUUGAUGAUUUGAGGAGAAACUGGGCAGUAGUGGCAUCCACAACUUCCACAAACAUUAUUCUACAAGCAGAACGGAAAUCUCCCCCAGAAGGUCAUAAAUUUACCAAGGAGGGAUCCAAACAAGCAUUGCUGAAUCUUACACAAGACCCUGAAAUGGGUGGUGGUUACAUUUUUGAGUUUGACAAGUUCUCUGAUCGUGACGUUUGUCGAGAUUUUGUUGGUAAAGUCCUGGGGAAGAUCCAGUCUAUGGUAUCAUCUGGACAGGAUGCCAGAGCAGUUUCUGAAAGAUCUGCAGUUGCAGUUCAUGAUGAACAACUAAGUACAAGAGAGAUGGAGCAUCGAAUGAAGCUGUUGCGGGAGGAUAGUGAGUUGCAGAAACUACAUAAGCAAUUUGUCAUUGCUGGUGUUUUGACAGAAAGUGAAUUCUGGGCUACAAGAAAGAAGUUGCUUGAUACAGAUGCCCGGACAUCGAAACAACGAGUGGGAUUCAAAAGUGCCAUGCUUGCAGAUGUUAGGCCAUUGACUGAUGGUCGGACCAACAAGGUUACAUUUAGCUUGACUCCAGAGAUCAUUCAUCAGAUUUUUGCUGAAAAGCCAGCUGUUCAUCAGGCAUUUUUGAAUUUUGUUCCAAACAAGAUGACAGAAAAGGAUUUCUGGACAAAAUACUGUAGAGCUGAAUAUCUCCACAGGACAAAAAAUUCCAUUGCAGCUGCCGCAGAAGCUGCUGAAGAUGAGGAGCUUGCUAUUUUCUUAAAGCAUGAUGACAUAUUGGCCAGUGAAGCCCGGCGGAAGAUCAGACGUGUUGAUCCAACUCUGGACAUGGAAGCGGAUCAAGGGGAUGAUUACAUGCAUCUUCCGGAUCAUGGGAUUUUUCGUGAUGGAAACAAGGAGGUUAUGGAUUCAGAGUAUGAAUUAUAUAAGAGGACUCUAUCACAAGACCUUAACCGGCAUGCAGCAGUUGUUCUUGAAGGGAGAGCUUUAGAUUUGGAGUUAGGAGACACAAGGACUGUAGCAGAGGCACUUGCCAGGUCCAAACAGGUUGAAUUGGCUACUGAAUCCUCUGAUGAGAAAGCAAACGAGAAGCGGUUAGAAAGGUUAUCUCAGAUGGCUGGGAUUGAAGAUCUUCAGUCUUCUCGUGGCCUACCAUUUGCACCUCUUUGCAUAAAGGACCCUCGAGAGUAUUUUGAUUCUCAACAAGCUAAUGCACUUCAAGCUUUAGGGGAUACAAUAGGUGGAAUGAAGCCAAUCAAUUACAGCCUCAGCACAGAGGAGGCAUAUGGUUCAUUGAGGGAUCUCAUUUCUGAGAUGAAGGCAACUGGUCUGAAUCAUCCUGUAGUUAAACCUGACGUUGCUUUAAAGGUUCUUAAUGCAUUGACACAACAUCUCUCAAGUACUAAGCAUCAUGUUGGAAAGAACCCUCAAGAAAGUGUCCUUGAUAGGCUGCCAAGAAAAACUAAAGAGGAACUCCUGCAUCAUUGGACAUCUAUUCAGGAGUUACUAAAGCAUUUCUGGUCAUCAUAUCCAAUAACAACUACACACCUUUAUUCAAAGGUAACCAGACUGAAGGAUGCCAUGUCGCAGAUCUAUCCCAAGCUUCAGGAGAUAAAAGAGUCUAUGCAGUCAGAUUUCCGGCAUCAAGUUUCUCUCCUUGUCCAACCCAUGCUUCAGGCUCUAGAUGCUGCUUUUGCACACUAUGAAGCUGAGUUGCAAAAGAGAUCCACAAAGGCUGGGACUAGACCAAACGGAACUGUUUAGUAUUUUUUUUUACUACUUCAAACACCUUGUUCAUGCCUUUUUGAUUGCGUUCAUCUUGUAACUAUUCAAUAUGCAUUUGUACAUUUAAUCGAAUUUUGCUCUAUGCAUGUGCGGCAAAGAAAAAAAAAAAUCUUCCUAUAAAAAUUUUUCAUCUUCUAUGUUCUAA